ACUGUGGCAGUCACUGGCGCGAACGCCGGGAUUGGCCGCGAGGCGGCGCUCUUCUUGGCGCAGGCGGGAUUUGGCGUCGUCUUGUGCUCUCGCGACCAGGAGAAGGGAGAGAGCGCCGCAGCAGAGAUUCGCACCGUCUCGCCGGAAGCACGUGUUAGUGUUGUGCCGCUCGAUCUGGCAUCGGUGAGGUCAGUCGAGGCGGCCGCGCCGCUGAUUAUCUCGGCCGCAAAGGAACUCGGCUCACCGCUGCGCGGACUUAUCCUCAACGCGGGCAUCUGGCCCGGCUCGCUGCAGACGACCGCCGACGGGAUGGAGCUCGCGCUACAGGUGUGCCACAUCGGGCACCAGCAGCUCACGCAGCGGCUGCUUCCCGACCUCGCCUCCUCCUCCGGAGGCGCCGAGUCGCGGGUCGUGACGGUCUCAUCUUCGGCACAUGCGUUCGCAGACGAGGUUGGCACGGACGACCCGCUCUACGCCUCCACGGCCUUUGAUACGAACAGGAACUAUGGGCGGGCUAAGUUCGCAAACAUGCUCUUUGCGCAGGAGCUCGCAAAGCGCGCCCCGCCCGGCGUCCUCUCGACGGCGGCCCACCCCGGCCUGGUGCUCACGACUCUCUUCAAGGAGCUCGGG